GUUUUCACAAAACAGAAGGUGCCGGGUGUGUGCGCUAGAUGGUGGGUUGAAUGGUGACACCUUGUAUAUCAAGUCCCAAAACACCUCAGCAUGAUCAUGUAAUCAUCAGAGAUCACGAAGGCCAACAUCGUCUGAGAGUUUUGAGGAUGUGCAACACCCAAUCUUCAUCGAGCAGAAUGGGCGCUGGAAACGCUCGGUAGGAUGACGGGAUGGGAGGUCGCGAAUGGACAAGGUUUGUCUUCACUGAUCAAGCGGAACUGCUGACAAGUAACGCCAGCGCAGCCUCUGGGUGUCCUGUGUGCAGUCAACCGCCAUUAUGACGACUUCAGCUGCUGGCGUGGACGUAAACAUUUGCUGCUGUGUGAGCCAGUUCACAGAACUAGCGCCAGUCACGCAGUUUUGUUAGAAACAAAAGAUAUUUGUAGAUGGAGGAACCUGCAGGACGCACGUGUAUAAAAAUGGGAAUUUAGGGAACCGAAGAUUACAAGUGACCAUAAAGUUGAAACUGGCUGCCGAAAUUUUGCAGCUGCAUCAAGUGGUAAUUUAGACGAGUGUCCUGUCCCAAAACAAAGGGACUUUAUUUUUGUCGGAGCAUAUUUUGUUGUUGAACCAUGAACUCCCUGCAUAGUCUUGGUCGGGAUGGCUCCCGCACACCGGACUUUGAAGACCCGUAUGACACACGCUAUGAGACCAAAUGGGAGGCCACCCCCAUCAAGCCAUUCAAGACCCAAACCGAGUACCUCUACGCCAUGGUGGAAGACCUGGCUGAGUGGCUCAACAAUCUCUACCACCUGGACAUCACCCCAGACAACUUCUUUGAGAAAUUGGAGACGGGCACUGUCUUGUGCCAGCACGCCAACAAUGUGCGAAGGGUAGCCCAGGAGUACCGGCAGAUCCAUGGCCGGAGCGAGAAGGACAUUGUCAUCAAUGACAAUGACAUCAAGUUCCGAGUGGACGCCAAGGAGGGCUCUUUCAAUGCUAGAGACAACAUCAGCAACUUCAUCACCUGGUGCCGACACUGCCUGAACAUCAAGGACGUCUUGCUCUUUGAGUCGGACGACCUGGUGCUGCGGAAGAACGUGCGGAGCUUCAUCCUCUGUCUGCUGGAGGUGGCACGGCGGGGCAGCAAGGUGGGAAUGCCUGUGCCACUGCUGGUGCAAUUUGAGGAGGACAUUGAGCGGGAGAUCAAGGCCGGUUUGAUGGAGCGGACGUCCGAGGCCGACUCGGAGCCAUCCAUUGAGCCUGCUUCUCCCACCAGCUCGGCCGCCACUACAGACGUUGAUCACGAGCUGGGUUCUGGCUCUGACGCCGACCACGAAAUGGACUCACAGAGAUCAGAAUCGCCUGAUCUCAGCAGCCUCAACGGUAACCACAGCAACAGCCCAUCCUCCGUUCCGUCCCGGAUGCGAAAAGGAAGUAAGAAAUCGCGACUGCCAAAGCCCUUGCCUCAUCAGGCACGGUGUCGUGGGUCAGAUGGGUACGGCAGUGCCGAAAUUGAUGUGACAGCUGAACAAGGCCCGCCACCUCAGGUCAUGCUGGAACCAGAAGUACUCAAGUCUCUUCAUGAAAGGGUGCGAGAGUUGGUGAAUGAAUGCACUUGCCCCAACCAGUUCCCUAUGGUGAGGGAAGCUGAGGGAAAAUACAGGAUUGGAGACCAGAGUACACUUAUAUUUGUCAGGAUUUUACGGAAUCAUGUCAUGGUUCGGAUCGGGGGUGGCUGGGAUACACUGGAGCACUACCUGGACAAGCAUGACCCUUGCAAAUGCAAACUUCAUCGCUCUGGGGGAAGGAGUCGCACUAGUAGUUUUGGAAGCAACUACCGCAAAUCACCAAAACGAAGAGUAUCGGUAGAAGGUCCUAAACUUCACAGCCGUAACCAGAGUGUUGAGUCUCUGGAUGACUGUGACAAUCGAUCGGUUCGCAGCCCGAGCCCACGCAUAAGACGCGAAGACAGCAAUGAGACCCUGGCCAGUCUAGACUCCAACCACAGCGCCGAUCUUCUGAACAACAGCUCCACCCCAGCCAGGGGGAGACCAGGGAGCCUGGGACGAAACAGCCCGGCCAGGAGCUCCCUCCAGGCCGAGAAGCGCCCCUCCCAGCUCCCGCGGAGGCUGAGCCAAGCUGGCACGAGCACCGAGGAGUUUCUGAGGAAGCGUCGCGAGGAGUCAAACGCUGAUGGCCAGAGCCAAAACCAUCAGGGCAGCCUGGCCCGUAGCGCUCCCACGAGCCCAACGCGUCAUGUCAGGCCCUUGUCCUGCACCCCAGUUGAAUUGAAUGAGUCCAAUGUGCAAUCUGAUGUAUAUAGGCGGCUGGCCCUGGCUGGCGGACGAGAGUCAGGCUCUGGGACUCACACCCGUCGAACCCGCAGCUCGUCUGUGAAUCUGACCAGCGGUACACGCAGCAGGGAGACCUCGCUGGACCGGAGCAUCCCAAUCUCUCCAUCCAUGAGACGGAAGCACCGAUCAGGGUCCCUGAACGUCAACACUUCAAGAGCAGAUGCCAAGAAACUCACUGAAAGACGAGACAACUCGAUCAUCAUGAUAUCACGAGACACCGGAGGGCGUCACCGCCUUAACAGCACUAGUAGCUGUGAUUCCAAUGACCUUAGGUCACACGAUGGGUCAUCCUUAAGAUCCCCAACAGACAGUGAGAAAUCAGCUACAGAAUGUGUGACCCAGAGACUAAGGGAGCGAGAGAGAACCCGAAGUCUCUCAGUCGACCGUAGUGUUGCAAGAACCAAAAUCCCUUCCUUUGAAAGGGGGUCCAGGCUGCGAGCCUCCACUGGUGUCGGGGAGGGGAGAGCGCCUCUGUCGCAUAUCCCCACACCUGAGAGAAAGUCCAGGUUACGCGCAUCCAUUGGUGUUUCAGAGGCAGGUUCCACCCAAACCCAGAGUCCUUCUUUUGAGAGGGGGUCAAAGUUGCGUGCUACCACGGGUAGCAUGGGAUCUAGUGCUAGAGCACGCAGUGCCACUGCGGUGCAUUCACAGUCAUCAACACCACAGGGAAACCAAGAAGACACCGUCCAAAACAUGCCAAGAAAGCAGCCAAGGGAGAGCAGGCUUCAGCGGUCCGGUUCUCUGAGGAACCCACGGACCGAUCGCCAUCUCUUUGGUAACCUCAGCCAAGACCAAGAAGGGGGCUUUGCCAGGAACUCGGCCCGGCGGCGGACCAUCACUGGCAGGGACACUAAGGCACCCCGUCAGCCUGUGCCAGCCAAACUGAAUGCAGAGAACCUUGCAAGAUACCUGCAGAGCUACCAGAACAGGGUGGCACCCAGAGAGACCCGCAGUGAGACCAGGAGCAAUGCCAGCUCCCGGGCCAGCUCCCGAGCCAGCUCCCCCGGCACGUCCAGACUCAGGCCGCGGAUCCCCAUCCCCAGCCACCUGAAGGCAGAACCCAAGACCCCCAUGAGGAGGGAUUCCUUGGAGAAUGCCACGCCCUCCCGCAUCCCUAUGCCGGUCCAGCACAAGCGGCUCCUGUCGGAGGGCAAUGCCUCCUCUCGAAGUCACUCACUCCCUGAUCUGAUUGCCAACAUGAUGGACUGGUGUCAGCGCACCAUCAACAUUGACAACUACGACACACGGAGCUUCACCAGUGCCGAUUCCAUGUCCCCGACCCCAUCCCUACGAACGGACCAGGACUCGGGGUACGAAGACAACCCCCAGAAGGGUUCACCCCUUGGUCCAGAUGAGCCUUACCAGCUACGCCGGGCGGGACGGUCUGGGUCUCUCGCAGAGGGGGGUGAGGAGGCACCAGCCUUGUCCAGGGGAGCCAGGGGAUCCUCAGGAAAACGACACUAAAUACUCUACAUUAUUAUUUCUUUUGAGCUUGCUUAGUUACCUGACCGUCAUGGUCAGCUGCUUAAAGCGUAGACUAUGACAGCAUUGUAGUCAAGACCAGACAUCAGAUUAGUCACACGAGUGUAAGAGCCUGUCACAAGAGCAGUUGCGAGUUAAAAGUGCGAUGAACAAUGACAAAGGAAUGCUUGUGUCACUGUUCAUUUGAAUAACUUUUGACUUGAUUUCAGACUGGACGUCUU